UGACGGCAAAACGUAAAAGGGAAGAAGAAAAGAAUGCGUCGAUUGUAGAAGAAGAGAGAGAAGAGUCCCGUUUGUCGUCAGAUAGUCCGCCGCCUCCUCCUAGCAAGAAGCAAAUAAACAUACUCCAAAAUAUAUUGCUACCGGAGAACACCGUACGUCUGUCGCAAAUUUUGAUGCCUCCGCCGCCCCUUCAAGAUACCACCCGAAAAUCAACCGAUGACGAUUGUAAAUUUGACAGAUUUGGCGACGCGUUACUAGAAGCCCUCCAACUAACGCCGACAGAAAAUGCAGAAGUUCAACUUCGUAUACCGCCAACGAUUAACGACAUUACCAGGCCCUACAUUAUGGACGAUUAUUACGUAUUCUGCAACGAAAAUUUUUUGGAGGGAUACUACAAUGCGAGAUCAAAAUUGGACGUGGAAUGCAUAUUCGGCAUUAUAAUUUACCUGGCGUAUAUGGCGUACGAUAAAUGCAAGUCCAUCGUCCUAAACGUCCACUACACGAUAGCCGUUUGUGAAGGAAGACAAUCGUUUCCGAACGAAGGAACUUGGGGUAAUCCUGAAAAUUUCGAAGUUAUGUUUAUUCCGAUCUUCUUCCCGGGCCAUUUUGCUUUGGUAAUUCACGAAAGAAACGGAAGAACAAUAUUUUACGACCCCAUACCUGCGAUGAAAAAUUUAGAAGGACAUCGAGGUGCAACGUACCUGCCCGCUAUAAAAGCUGCAAUUCGCUAUUACGACGCGUCGUUCCGUAAUGACGAAGAGAUCAACGUAGAAAUCGCAAGUGCGACCGCUUACAAUCUACAACAGACCGGUGACGAUUACAAUUGCGGGUAUUACGUCUCCCUUUACGUCGAAACAUACUUAAUGAACGACAAGAGAAUGCUGUUGGCAGAUUUUAACAUAGCGACGGAACGCCGUAGAAUAUCGGAAUUACUAAGAGAAUUAUGCAACAACGUCGUUCCGAUAUACGAACCGAGACCGGAUAAUCCAUUCGAUUAUUCAGAAACCGUUGACGACGAGGUCAUGGAAGUUGUCGAGGAAGCAGCACGUUCAAGCGCAAACGAUAGUUACGACUCUGACGUCAGCAUGCGAUCCACAUCUUCGACAAGUAGUAGAAGAUCAAUCAGAUCUAGAUCAUCUACAAGCAGUCGACCGGAAACGCCGAGCAAUGUUAAGAAAAGUAAAUUAAAAAGUUUAAGAUACUGCAACAAGAAACACGGCGUUUACGGAUGCUUUGCAACAUGCGCCGGCCACGACAUCCAAUAUUUAGAUUGCGGAAAAAUCGGCGACAAGGUGUGUCCUCAUUGUAAAGCGCUCCUGUUUAAAAAUGAAACUACCAUGAUGUGUUGCAAGAAUGGUGAAGUCAAAUUGCCACCGAUUAAACCCGUUCCGGAGGAGAUUCGAAAUUUGACCAAAGAUCCCAAACACGGAAAACACUUUCUACAGUACUUUCGAAUCUACAACCAACUACUACAGUUUGGCAGCGUAGAGGCCGGUCGAAAGCCUUCUCCAGGACAAGGUGCUCCGGUCAUCUUAAUUAAUGGCGAAAUAAAACGACAAAUUAGCCCGUUAUUCACAGCAGACGGAAAGACACCGGUACACGGUCAGUUGUACAUGUUAGAUCCGAUGAUGAUGGCAGAAUCGGUUUCGAAGAACUCGCUGUUCCAAAAAUUCGGCAUCAAACGCGAGAUACUGAAUACUCUCUUCGACGUACUUCGACGACAUCAUCCGCUUUGCGAAUCGUUUCAAAUCAUGCACACAAUGUACAUGGAAAAACUUAUCGAGGCUCGACAACAAGGUCUGGAAGACGUUCAGCACGUCACAUUGGUAUUGGUCGAUCCCAAAAGAGUUCCACGCGAGGCGGUCGAUGCAAAUCUCCAUCCUCGUGCGGUCAACUUACCGCAAGUUAACGAGAUAUGCGCGUUUUACGUUUCCAACGAACGCGAGGAGCCCAUCUACCGGUGCGGAACUUAUUUGAAAAAAAAGGACGGACGGACGCAUAUGCUUCCGAUAUACGAUCGACUAAACGAUUGUAGUCAUUAUGUCUUAAAUUUGGCAAACGGAGAUUUCGGAUAUCAUCCCGAUAUAAAAAAGGUCGUACAAAAGAAAAGACGACGUACCGCAACUGAAGUUGACGAAAACGCAGAAAAUGCAAAUCAACCGGACGCUUUUUACGAUGACGAAGCCGUUCAGAACGACAACGUUUCGAUGAGAGAAUUCUACAGGUACUAUUGUGCGAUUCGCGACGAACCGACGGGAGAGACGCACUUUUUAUUUCCGUACGGUAACAUAACUCAGGAGUACAUGUUGGAUCAAAGCGUCAAGGUGGAUCAACAACUGUACGAAUUUAUUAAGAAAAAUUAUGACACUUUGUGCACCACGGCGACGGAAGUGCGUGAUUAUUUACAAAGAGAACUCAGAAAAACCGAUCCGAAUAAAACGUUAGGGAAAGUGUUGCGUCUUACGACCAGUGUCGUCGGUUCUCCCGCGUGGUAUCAGCAAUACUUCCACGACUCGAUGGCGAUGUUUCAACGCAUAGGUAGACCGACUUUUAUGAUUACGACGACGAGCAACCCGACCUGGAAAGAGGUCAAAAACAGCAUGAUGAAAAAUCAAAACGUCGUCGAUCGUCCCGACGUAUUAUGUAGAGUAUUCGCGAUCAAGAUUAACAUGAUGCGAGACCUUAUAGAAAAGAAACACAUUUUCGGUAAACCGAAGGCUUUUCUAGAAGCAUUGGAAUUCCAAAAAAGAGGCGGUCCUCACACUCAUCGCUUGAUUUCGGUCGAUUGUCCUCAUACGCCCGAAUUCGUCGACGAAUACAUUUCGGCGGAAAUACCGGUACUACCUCCGGCGAGUGACAAGAGCGAAAAAGCCGAAAUGCAAAGAAGGUUACACGAUUUGGUGAUAAAAUUGCAAAUUCACACCUGCAAUUUUCAUUGCCUAAACGAGAAGAAAAAGUGUUCGAGAGGUUUUCCAAAGAGAUACUCGAACGUGACGAUAAUUUACGAAGAUAAACCGGCCGUAUAUAAACGCAGAUCACCCGACGAUGGCGGCACCUUUCAUCGCACGACAAACGGUCGAGUAAUAACGAAUUCGUGGGUAGUUCCGUACAAUCCAGCUUACCUUUUGGCGUUAGGUGCUCAUUCGAACGUAGAAUUCGCAUACGGAGACGCUGCCUGCAAAUAUCUGGUGAAAUAUCAUUUCAAGAUGGGAAACUUUGCAUACGUCCAGAUCGCCGAGGGCAAUACCGACGUCGUGGAUUACGACGAGACGCAAGGCAUCAUGAAGGGACAUUAUCGUUCGGCGAUGGAAGCCUACGCGAGACUGUACAGUUGGCGCAUCAUUCGAAUGUCCCACACCGUUUAUCGUCUGAACGUACACCUUGAAGGCGAAGGACCGCAGUAUUUUAGACGCGGCGCGGAAGACAAAGUCAAAGCGAAAAUAUUCGAAGGCAACGCGAAACUUUCGCAACUCGAGAUGUUCAUGAAACAGUGUUUGGAAGAGUCGCGACAGCAAAUAAGCGAAAUUCGAAACGUCACCUUCGCCCAACUACCGGAAACGCAUUGGUUUAACCAAAAGACCAACCGAUGGCAAAAGAGAAAACGACAAAGAAAAAUUGUAGGUCGUUUGUAUCCCGUUUUGCCCAAUCAUACAGAAAAGUUCGCCUUAUAUCAACUGCUGCUUUACAAGAAGGGCCCGCUGGGCUGGGACGAUUUGAAAACUCCUCCCAAUAGCACGACGCCCUGUAAAACGUUCGUCGAAUGUGCAAAAUUGAUGGGUCUUCUGGACGACAUCGAAAUCUGGCGCAGAACCCUGUUCGAAGCUAGCAACGUAGGAAAUCCGAGAACGAUGAGAAAUUUGUUCGCCCAAAUCUUACUGCUCGGUUACGUCGCCGAUCCGCUCGCUUUGUGGAACGAGUUUUUGCCGCACAUGUACGACACGAGAAACUUGCGACAGAACGACGAGGUAGAAAGGUCGCGAAGAAUUAACAUAGCUCUUUGUCUACUCAAUCGACUGCUCGGGCAUCACUUCACGAACAACGCGUUCUUUCACAUUCCGAUGCCGGAAAAUUACAACGCCGUUUGCGACGACGAAAACGAGUUUUUCUUCGGCCAAAAUCGCGCACUGGACGGCGAAAACGAGUCUGAUCCUACACUGGCGGAGUUUCCGUUACAACGCAGAAACGACGACGCCAUAGAGACCGAAGACAUAGGCAAUUACGCCACUUUGGCGAGUUACCUACGCCUAAACGAGGAGCAAAAGAUCGUCGUAGACAUCGUCGUUCGAGCGAUGCAAAGUUCGCCGUCGGACGCCACGACGCCGAGACUCGUCUUCAUGAACGGUGCCGGAGGCACGGGCAAGACGUUCGUUUACAAAACGAUCAUCGACAUGUUCAUCAAAUACAGAAGGUACGUCAUCAUGACGGCGAGCACCGGAGUAGCCGCCCAACUCCUGCCCAGAGGGAUGACGGUGCACAAGGCCUUUAGCAUACCACUAGAUGUCCUCGACGUCAACAAGAUUCCGUCGAUAUCCGGUGGCAGCGUGAUGGCGCAAAGAAUUCGGAAAUCGGAAGCGAUAAUUAUCGACGAGAUAAGCAUGCUGCACAAAAACGUUCUUAGAAUGGUCAACGAAGCUUGCAAAAACGUCGAAGCGAAUAACGAGACGAGAAAGCUACCGUUCGCCGGUAAAGUUAUCCUAUUAGGCGGUGAUUUUCGUUAACUAUUACCUGUAAUCCAAAAUUCCAGUCUAUCGGAACAGGUCGCGGCCUCCGUGAAAAACUCCGAAAUAUUUAGCCUAUUCCAUCAGGUGAUUCUUACGAGAAACUUACGCGUCAAUGCCAACGAAGUAGAGUUCGUCGAUAUGCUCGAGCGCAUCGGUAAGGAUAGCGACAACUCCGGCAAGUUUCAAAUACCGCAGGAAAUGUUGGUUAACAGCGAGGACGAACUUAUCCGAUUCAUUUAUCCGAACGUCGAAUCGCUUCAAGUCGAAAAGGAAGUCGCGAACAAACUAAUAAUGAGCGCGAGACGCGCCGACGUCAGGCGAUUAAACGACAAAAUUUUAAACAUGCUUCCGGGCGAAGAACGCGAGUAUUUGUCCGCCGACCAGUCGUUAGUCGAUAAUCCCGUAUUAGACGUACACGCGGCGAUACACGACGUCGCAUUCCUAAACGACGAAAAUCCUUCGGGAUUUCCUCCUCACAGGUUAAAGCUCAAAAAGCACUCUAUCGUCGUUCUAAUAAAAAAUGUAGACGUCAGACAGGGCCUGGCGAACGGUGCGCGCCUGUUCAUUACCGAUUUAGGCGAUAACAUAAUAUACUGUAAAAUCGCGGUAGGCCCUUACGAGGGAAGAACGUGCGCCCUGGCGAUGUUACCUUUCGUUUACGAGGACAAACGACCCGACGGUAACGGUCUUCACUUUAAAAGAACCCAAUUUCCCGUCGAUCUCGCCUACGCAUUGACGAUUAACAAAUCGCAAGGUCAGACCGUUAAUAAAGUUGCGUUGCUACUAACUUCUCCGCUAUUCAGUCACGGCCAGCUAUACGUGGCGAUGAGUCGAGUGCGUACUGCGUCCUCCAUUAGAAUUUUUACAAGCGAUCGCAAUUCUAAAGUACAAAAUAUCGUGGCGAAAAGUAUUUUCAAUUGAACGAAUCUAUACUAAAUGUCGUAUAGGUUUUUUUAUUAAAUGCCGUAUUACAUCGAAAUAAUUGCGCAUAUUAAGUUAUUCAUAAUAACUGUAUACAGCCAUCAUGUCACCUUCGGGGGCAAUUAUAAUUGGUCGUUCAUGACGGAAGAGGUACGAAAUUCUUCUAGCUCGUAUUUAAUUUAAUUUUAAAAUAACGUUAAAGUAAACAAUUGACAUUGUGGUAUUUUUCUUAUAUAUUUAUGUUAGAUAAAAUCAAUACUAGAAUAUGCGCUGCAAGAAUUGUCGUAUACGCUAUAUGCUAGGUAUGCGCGUGUCACCCAACUGUCGUGCAUUUCUGAAAUCGUCGCCGUACGACGCCAUGUCGCAUACCGGAAGUAAACUACGAUUAUUUCGUUAUUUUUACUUCUUUCCGGGGCCUGUGAAUGCGCGAAUUAAUUAUUUAUAUAUUUUUGAAAUAUACAAGUUUUUUCGUAAAUGUGUAUCUGACCGUAUCACAAUCAUAAUGAUAGUACAUGCGCGUGAUGGGUUACGUACACUGCACUCAAAUAUUAUAAAUAUAUAGUUUAUUAUUCCGCAAAGUACUUAAAGUUCAUAAAAUUAUUUAUAAUCAUGUAGUUAUUAAAAUAAGAAACAAUUCCAUUGUCGAGACAUUUUUUUUAAUCAUUAAAAUGCCGCUCACUUUGAAUUUCAUAAAAUCUAUACAAAUAUUAGUAUUAAAUUAAUUAUUUCAAACAAUAUAAAUUAUUAAAAUUUUGUGUAAAUUAAUAGGAACUUUCAUUUUAAAAUUUUUAAAAAAAUUCUAAAUUUUUCGAAAUAAUUUUAUGAACUCUUAUCUACUAAUGAAUCAUCAAACGUUUGCAGGUUACCGCUUUAUGGUGAAGAGUGCACGUUCAGGGCUAGCUAUAUUUAGUUGAGGGGGUUUUCGCCCAUGACUAACAACUAUGUAAUAUGGACAGAAAUUAUACAUAUGCAUGUACAAAUAAUUAUGUAACGAAUCAAAUAUUUAAUAAUAUAAUUUCUAUCUUUAAUACAUGUUCCAGUCAUUGACAGAUGUUCAUGCGACCGGUAAAAAUGUCAUAUUUAAAAGCUACGCCCGAUGGCGGUGCAGGCCACUUCGGUCGGUCUGCACCAUUAGCCUAAUGACACACCAUUGGUGAGGCUAGAUGUAUACGAGCAGUAAGAUGUGGAUAUACCACAUCAUUAGUCGGUAAUGCGCAUACCACUAGACUAAAUAUAUAUACGCCCGAUAAUAAAUCAAACUAAAUUAUUACCAUUACGAGCCCAAACACAUAUGUAUUGGACCAAUACAAAUAGACGUUUCUUUGCCCUUUUGUAUCCGUUAAAUUUAUCAUAGUAAAGUAAAUUUCAAUACAUAUGUUAUUGGGCUCGUAUUAUCCACCGAGCCAAGUUUUCGAUGCAUUGUAAGUCUAAUUUUAGAAAUUACUUAUUGCUUCGAAACAAGGUGAAUGUUACCAAUCACAUGUUAUGUGAUUUGGUAGUGCGGUUGUUAAAUCGAUUACAUUUUAA